UUUAUAAAACUAGAUGCCGCGGACGUGCGGCCAUCAGUCGGCCGUGGUGCGCGCCGGAGGAACGUUCGUGAAAAUCGGUUUGACAACUACUGGUCAGUCCCACUGACAGAAGUAGACGGUCCCGUCGAUCGAUCGGGCUUCGAAGUUACAGUAAUCCACGGUGAACUCACGGAGAACGGUGUGAUCCAAGAUGUUGUCUGCGUGUUUGAUGUUAAUUGCCUUGCUGCAUCCAUUCGCUGGCAUGGUGUCCGCUCAAGUUGUAGGACAAUCAUGCAACACCCCAAACAACGAGAUAGGCCAGUGCAUCGGCAUCAGAAGUUGCCAGCCCUUGUUAAAUCUACUGCAACAGCAAGGCCUAACGGCCGGUGAUUAUCUGAGACGGUCACUUUGCGUUAACGAGAACGGAAACCCGAUCGUCUGCUGUCCCCUAAGCAACCCUGAGCCUACCAAAGGGCCAAGAGUGGAAGAAGAAAACCGUUACCAACCUUUGCUACCACCACACUGUGGCUUCAGUAACGCUAGCCACACUAAAGUGGUUGGUGGUAUCCCAGCUGAACUUGGUGCGUGGCCCUGGAUCGUCGCCUUAGGGUACUACAACAGGCAAAAUCCUUCCGUACCCCUAUGGCGUUGUGGCGGAUCUCUAAUAUCAUCCAGACACGUCUUAACAGCCGCUCACUGCGCAGUGAAUUCCGAAAUCUACACGGUUCGCAUCGGUGAUUUGAAUUUGGUGCGCGACGACGACGGAGCGCAUCCAAUUGACGUCGAUAUCGAGGACAAGAUCAUACACCCCGGAUACUCCACUUCAGCAUUCAUAAACGACAUAGCUGUUUUAAAGCUCGUGCGUGACGUGGAAUUCACUGAUCGCAUAUAUCCAAUUUGUCUUCCGGUGGAAGAGCCGUACAGGAGCAGCAAUUUCUAUCGGAAGUUCCCCUUCAUCGCUGGAUGGGGUGCACUAGCAACCUCGAUACCAAAAUCCGACGACCUCAUGGAAGUGCAGUUGCCUGUAGUUAACAAUGAAGAUUGCAAGAAAGCCUACACCAAAUUCAGAAAUGCGGUGAUCGAUGAUCGUGUACUGUGUGCUGGAUACAUUCAGGGUGGAAAGGACGCUUGCCAGGGCGACAGCGGAGGACCACUGAUGUACCCCAAGAAAUUCACGUUCUACCAAAUAGGAGUUGUUUCCUACGGCUACAAGUGCGCUGAGGCCGGAUUCCCUGGCGUCUACGCCAGAGUCACCGAGUACCUCGACUUCAUCACCUCAGCGAUGAAAUGAUCAACGAAUUAGUGUCUUGUAAAGAUCCUAAUUUCUCAGCUCUCUUCGAUACGAACUAAAACCUAAGGCCACAAGUAUUACCUACGUCGCGAGAGUUUAAACUGCACAUAUUCGUCAAUUUAUGUGAAUACUUCACGGUGGAACUUUGAGUUAAGAAGUGUUUCAUAUAUUUGUAUGCUCUGCGUUGUCGGUACGAUAAUGUACGCAUUGUUGUAACAUACUUUACACCUUUGUGUGAUUAAUAAUAUUUUUAUUAUUUUGUUUUGCAAUCUA